AGCGCUUCUCACCCUGUCAGAAGGACUGAACCGGUUUAGCUGUUACACAAGAAGAGAGCAGCGAGCGCCAAGGCUCCGACUGCCUCCCGUUUGCAGACGAGAAGCGGAUGAAAGCCACAGUGCUGUAAAGAAAUGGGCUAGCUAUUCCCCCCGAGGCUGUGAUCUGGAAGCAUUUGGAGGUGCCCGCCAAGACCCUCACUAUGACUGAUGGAGACUAUGACUACCUGAUUAAACUCCUGGCCCUUGGAGACUCAGGAGUAGGGAAGACAACAUUUCUUUACCGCUACACAGACAAUAAAUUCAAUCCCAAAUUCAUCACUACAGUAGGAAUUGAUUUCCGGGAAAAACGUGUGGUUUAUGACACACAAGGAGCAGAUGGAUCUUCAGGGAAAGCCUUUAAGGUACAUCUGCAGCUUUGGGACACUGCUGGACAAGAGCGGUUCCGGAGUCUCACCACCGCCUUCUUCAGAGAUGCCAUGGGCUUCUUACUAAUGUUUGACCUCACCAGUCAACAGAGUUUCUUGAAUGUCAGAAACUGGAUGAGUCAACUGCAGGCAAAUGCUUACUGUGAAAACCCAGAUAUAGUAUUAAUUGGCAACAAGGCAGACCUGCUGGACCAAAGGGAAGUCAACGAGCGACAAGCACGAGAGCUGGCUGAAAAAUAUGGCAUACCGUACUUUGAAACAAGCGCGGCGACAGGACAGAACGUAGAGAAGUCGGUGGAAACCCUUCUGGACUUAAUCAUGAAGAGAAUGGAGAAGUGUGUAGAGAAGACACAGGUUCCGGACACUGUCAACGGUGUGAAUUCUGGGAAGGUCGAUGGGGAGAAACCAGCAGAGAAGAAAUGUGCCUGCUAGACCCUCAGAGGAAGCAGUGAUGGAGAGCUCACCCAAAUCCUAUGCCCCGAAACAAUGACAAACACAGCGUGGUUGUUGAGUAGUCGCUCAUGAGCGAUGGCGUGUCUUUCUCCCCUGACCCCAAUCUAUUUUAACAAACAGAAUGGUCAUAGUGUUAAAAGAACUGUCCUGUGAUCCCAAGUCCCUUCCAAACAAAACUCAAAGCUGCCCCACUGUGAAUGCUCAGUUGUAUUUUUAUAAGGUUGUGUACAUGAAAAAAAAAAGUAUUGGUCAGUUUUAAAUGAAAGCACAUAUUACUGUCAGCCUGGAGAACGGAAGAGGCUAACUAAAUGGAGAUGAUAAAAGGAUGAUUUCUGCUUUCAUCUAUGUAUGCGGAGUAUGACUCAUACAACUUCUAUAUUUGCACUGGGGAAGACAUAUUCCUAAAAAUAGAUACAUAACAAAGAAUUCUCUGUGGCUUAUUAAGAAUGACUGUGUCUGCCCAGUAAGCUAUACCGAGUUAUUGAUGAGGUCGUGGGUGGGUGAAUGGAAGGCUUCUGUAGGAAAUUGUGUGACAGUGCCAUUUUUAUAUCCCUAAUAAAUGUCGGAGAGACAGAACAGGACCUUGAAUGGAAAGGUAUGAGGGAGAUCCCCUGGCAGAAAAUGAAACAUGGGAAUAGGGUGCUUGAGCAAGUUAAAUGAAUAGGGUCUUUGAGAUAAGUCUGAGAAAGAGAGAGAGUUACUUAGACAAAGGCCACUGAAGCAGAUUAGAAGCUAACAUCACCAGCUGGGAUUGGCAAUGUCUUCAGAAGCUCCUAUUCAAAUGAUUCAAACCCUUAACAUCGUUUCUGAUGGUGCCCACGUUCAGAUUUUAUCUUUAUUUUCUAUUGAAAGAGUCACAAGAAAAAAAAUAAAGCAUUUUUAUUGUAUAUAUA